GAGGUGGUUCUUAAACAGCUAAUGAAAGUUCUCUGCGUUUCAUAUUGGGAUAUUUAUACACACACACAUACACUGGUCAUCGCGUAUGAGGAAUAUGCCAUCGUACAUAUGGCUGGUUGUACUUUUUGCUCUGUGCGCAGCAGCUGAUUUCAUUCCAGACACUCCCUCACGUGACAGUAGUGACGAAGAUGCUGCCAUUCUCAGAAACGCUCUAUCAAAUCUCCCAAGGAGCCACCUGCUCACAGCGGGGUUGUCCACCUUCCGACUCCACCAGAUGGCGUCCUGGCUUGGACGUGCCCAUCCUCACUGGCACGUCCUCUCUCACAACACCCUCUACUCGCUCCUAUCCAGGUGGCACCACUGGCCUAGCAAGGGCCAGAGCCCGACUGAUGUUCCACCUAAGGAGAGCCAACGCCCAGUUGACUUCCGGACGUGGUACAAAGCAUGGCUACAAGACGAUGUUGGGGAGUGUGGCAUUCCUGAUGUAGAACCAAGGUUGAAGAUGCCGAGAAUUAUUGGGGGAAAUAAUGCCAUACCGGGUAGCUGGCCUUGGAUGGUUUCUCUCAAGUUUGCCGAACAGCACUGGUGUGGCGGGGUACUGCUGGACAAGCAGUGGGUUCUUUCUGCAGGCCAUUGUUUCUAUGGGUGGCCUGUGUUCAGCAACCUGUCACUGUGGGAGGCACGCCUUGGAAAAUUCGACCCAACGCCGGGAGCAAAGACAGAGCCGACCCAACAAAACAUCAAACUCAUCAACAUCUUCACCCCUCCUGGCUUCGACGUCAACGACACUCUUCUACCAGGAAAAGAUCUCGUCUUGCUCAAGCUGGAGCGUCCCGUGACCAUGAACACGUGGACAAGGCCUCUGUGUCUUCCCAACAACGAUGACAUUCCGAGCACUGGACAGAAGUGCGUCAUCACUGGCUGGGGGUCUAUAACACCGUCUGGACCCCCUGGGGCCCUGAAGGAGGCCGUGGUGCCAGUGUACAGCUACUCUGACUGCAGCGAGCUGCCUGGAUACAAGGAGCUGGUCACGGAAGACACAAUCUGUGCGGGAUACAGGGAGGGCGGGGUCGACACUUGUCACGGGGACAGUGGAGGACCCCUUCAGUGCCAGAUCAAAAACAGAUGGGUGAUGGCCGGAACCACAUCCUUUGGUGAUGCGGGUGGUUCAGGCUGUGCAACGCCCCUGAGACCGGGUGUGUACACCCUGACAGCCAGCCAUGUGGAGUGGAUACACAGGGUACUAUAUCGUGACUACAGAGCCACCUUCAGAGAGCAUCAGUAGAGGGACAACCUCAGGACAUACCUCCUGGUGCUUCACAAGCAGCUCCUCCAAGCAGAGACUAUGGGAGAAAAGACGACAUAUCCACGCCGGUGACAAGUUAGACUUCUAGCUUACAUUAAAAUCCUUUGUAUCUUUUGAUGCUAUAUAUGCUGUAACAUUUGGGGUGAGAAUGAUCAUGAUGAUAACAUGAAAUCUGUGAUUUUGUAUGUAUAUGAAAUAGGUAUAUUUUUUAAGAGACAAAGUGUUUAAUCAUAAUGUACAAUGACGAUGGGUUAAAUAGAUUACCCUGAUGUACUUUUUAGAAAUGUCUUUUUAUAUUUAACAAUAAAGCAUGUUUUCCUGCAA